UGAUGGGGAAGAGGUCGGAUGACCGCGGGGACUGUGGUCAUCACCGGCGGAAUAUUAGCAACUGUCAUAUUACUGUGUAUUAUCGCUGUUCUCUGCUACUGCAGGCUCCAGUAUUACUGUUGCAAGAAGGAUGAGUCGGAAGAGGAUGGCGAUGAGCCCGACUUCCCUGCAGAUUCCCACAUCCCCCCCCUGCACUGCAACCGUAACGUGGCUCUGACCAACGGCCCUUCCUUGUACCGCUCCCCCUACAAGAAGUCUUCCCAGUCCCGGACUGGCUGUCCCAGCUGCUCCCAGUAUGAGCCUCCAACGUUCUUCCUGCAGGAGCCUGAAGAGGAGGUCCGCAACGGGGGCGACCUGGUCAACUACAAGGCCAUCAGCCAAGAAGACCUGGAGCUUCCCAUUGGCCUGAGCAGUGGCCUCCAGGCCCUCAAUCCCAACCGGCUCUCCGCCAUGCGUGAAGCCUUCUCCCGCAGCCGCAGCAUCAGCACGGAUGUCUGACUGGCCUGGUUGAAGAGGCCAUGCCCUCCCUCGGCUCGCAGGCUCGGCCCAAGGCUAAAGGCAGUUUGGCUUCCCAGCCUCCUCCUCCUCUCUCGUCUUGUCUCAAUGAUGCCAGGAGCACGGCUGUCUUGGUAGAGAUCAUCUGUUUUCUAAACCCCAAUCAAAACAGCUCUUCUUCCUGUAGGUGAGGUUUUUGAUACAGGACAUCCUUUUGUAUGAAUAUGCAAACUGGUUUGCCACCCUUCAGCCUGCACAAGGUAUGGCCUCUGAUUUCCCUGAUGGGGGUGGGGGUGGGGAAGGAGGCUGGAACUGAGCCAGAGCCAGAUGUUUUUGCCAAUUGCUUAAUGCAAAUCCAGCUAUUCCCUUCUUCUCUGCAGUGUCCCCACCAUACAUUUGGUCUAUUCUGAGCCUCUCAGCCACCCCCAGGCCCUCCCCCCCGUUGCUGUCAGAGGUAUUUUUAACAACAGAAGAAACAUACCAGAAACAUGGCCAGGACUAUCCCUUUCCACUAUGUCCAACUGAGAUGAGCUUGGCUUUCGUUUGGGCCUGGCCUUGCUUGUCCCUGCUGUGCUGGUCCUGCCCUAUUUUGCAUUGCUCGGUGCAGGUGGAGGGCUGCCAAGGACCAUGAAGGUGUUCUAUUGGCAUCUGUGGGGGUGCAGGACUUUCCCAUGUUUGAACAGUGGUGUUGCCCACUGCAGGACUUCCUGUAUAUCACCUGCAAUGAAAAGCAUCCCUGGUUUUGCCAGGCAAACCAGAGGGACUGUGGUGUGCUCUAGGCCUCUUCUGCUCCCCCCCCACACCAUUCCAGUUUCCCCUCCGAGUGUCUAGGAGGCAGACGCAGAGGGAUGGUGGGCACAAGGCACUUCUGCGGGCACAGGGGCAUGCCUUUUCUUUGGACAGAAAGGCUGCAGUUCAGAGCUCAGCGACAUUCACAAUGGCAGACUGCUAGAGAAGGCAGCUUCCCUCAACCUGCCUCCAGGAAAGUGGGGUCCUGGCUAGAUGGGAUGUCAGCAGGGAGAUAAGAUUUAAAAGACAGCAGGACAGACGGCCUUCAGAGAUAAAGGCAGUUAGUCCACACCACUGCUCCCCCAGGUCUUUGGGUCUGGAGGAGGCAGUGGGGUGGAGACUGCCCCAGAGUGCCCAGAGGAAAUUGGUUUCCCUGCAGGCUGACAGUGUGUUCAGGUAGUUUGUAAAACUGGCAUUCACGAAUUAGGUGCUGGGGACAAUGGGAAUCUAACCUGGUUGGGCAGUUUGAGUUCAAUCUAUUCAAAUUCCUCUGGAGCGGGCCCAGGGCAUGAGAGCCCAAGAGGACAAGGAGGAGAAAUGGGUGCCAGUUCAGAGACGAGUCAGUAGCGUCACUGAUCCAGGUGGGCUUUUUCCAUCUAAUUUGGAAUUAAUGUUCAUGUCUUGCUUUGGCUGCAUCCAAUAAAAUGCAUUCAUGUUGGUCUUCAGUGAUCUGUAACUAGUUGCUGCUUCCACAAAACUAUUUUGUAUAAUUCUUAAAAUUUGUAUUGGUUUCAGUGGCACUCUUAAAAAUGCUACGAUUUGUUGCUUAUAAGUAUGGCUAUUUAUUUUUCCCCUUUAUAUAUCUUUGAAAUAAAUUCAAACUAUUUCAUGAAUUUUCAUUUAUCUUUACUUGUGAUAAAAUGUACAGGACUUCUGGAUUCCGAAAAUAAAAUAAAAACAACUUACCUUGACUUGUUACCAAAUGAAGUGUUUCUUUCACUGUAUUUAAGGAAAUUAUUAAACACCUUUAAGAAAAAAAGGGGGUGAGGGGAGUGCUUCAUCCAUUUUCUGGCCCACAAGUAUGGAGGGGGCAAAAGGGGAAGCCCUUUUAUAAAAUGGGGAUUUAAGAAAUGGGGGCACCAAUUUUUUCUCUUAAAAUACCUGCCUCUCGCCCCAACCCUGGCCCUCUCACCCUCUUUGGAAUGUGGCCUUGAGAUGCCACCCUGCCUUGUCUUAAUGCCUUAUUUUACGGCACCAAAGUCAAUGCCUUGCUUUCUUCUUCCCUUGCUUUCCCCCAUUAUUCACUUCCUUUUUUUCCUUUCCUAAUUUCCCUGAUAUUUACUUCUGUAUUCUUUUUGUAUGUUAUAUUAUAAAUGUAUAAAACUAAGGAAAAUAAA